AGUUUGGCCAUCGUCAGGUACAGUACACGCUCGAGCUGCCCCUGAAGAGAGGCGUGCACACGCGUCAGCGGACUCCACUCUGCGCAUCUCACACUGACUGUGUGUUUUCUCUUUUCCAAAGCAUUUCCUCGUGAAGGCUGACGCUUCUUUUGCAGACUUUGGACUUUAUUUGCAUGACUCCCCGAGACUGACAUUAGUCGAGCUGUGAUAUAAGUUUCCCGUUUGUCUGUCUGGAGCUGAAACAUGAGCGCGAGCGAAAACGAGGUGGCGAUGUUCGGGAUGUGUUUAGCGGAGGAUCAGAUUAGAGUUCUGGAGGAAAACUUCACGAAGGUCAGCAAACAUCCCGACUUCACCACACUGAUGCUGAUCGCUGCGGAGUGUGGGCUGAGCGAAGAGGAUACAGCGAAAUGGUUCAGGAUGCGAAAUGCUCAGUGGAGGAAAGCAGAAGGUCUCCCUGCUGAACUGGGAUCAGUGAAGGACUGAUGGAAGAUCUUCAUGUUCUUUUUCUCUCUCUGCUCCUGUCUCUCUUUUCUUAUUUGAGGAUGCUUUCUGAAGUUUGAAGACCUAUAUGAGUCAUAUUUUAUUUUUAUUUGAUCUAAGGUGUAAUCAUACAGUGUAUGUAUGUUAUAUAUUUUAUUGCCAUAACUAUAUAAUGUUUGUAAAGAAACUAAAUGUAAGCAUCUGUGUAUAAAGAAUUACAUCUGUAUGUCAGGGUUUGAUUACAUGUGUUUAAUGAUCAGUAUAGAGCUAUAUCAUUAGGAGGAUCAUCAUAGAGCUGAGAAACAGUUACACCUGAUCUAUAUCUUUAUUUAUAAACCUUGAACUAUAAAUCUUUAUCAUCUCGAUUGUUUGUGCUAGACACUGAGAUUAAAUUGAGAACAAAUUGA